CGGACAGAAGAGCGGUUGCGUGCUUUUCUUCCAGGCUGCUUGUGUGCGUGGAGCUUGGAGGGCGAUAAAAGCUAAUGGAGGAGGUGGUACCGCUUUUUGUGCUCGCAUAGGGUGAGGAUUGUGUUGUAAGAAAAAGAUCGGGAAGCUCGUCCGGCGUCAUUUCAGGAAAUGAACAGGAUAUCGCCGUUGUGCUUUCAGGACUUUGUACCCGUGACUCCACUGCAAUGAGGCUUUUUCAGACACAUGUGGUUUUGUGCGUUUUGCUAUGGACAGUAGACGCAUCAGAUUUCAAGUCUUCUGAAGGCACACAUUUCACAAGAACACAGGCUCAUGCAGUGAAAAGACAUAUGGAAUUGCAAUCAAAUACUUUUGCAGCCAUCUCAGGGAACACACCACUUCUUCAGGCAGAUCAGGCUACAAAUUCCUCAAGAUCCCCUGCUAGGAGAGUUCUGAAAGGACCCAGACCUUUACUUCAAACAAGUUCAAACACACAGCCAGUUGAGAAACCUGAUGUGCUCCAUGCUCACACUGACAUCAGUGCGCCUCGACAGGGCUCCCCAAGUUCCGACUUUCGUAUCUCCAAUCGCACCAGCUCCAUAAAUAUCCUGGCUAGGUUUGCAGGCAAGAAUCGUCUGCUGGUUGUUUCAGUACCGUAUGAGUCGGAUAGAUACUACAGGCUGAUGAUGAGCUUGCUCAAGCCAGAUGUGUAUUGCCAAAUGGCAGACCGCCAUAUACAGCAGAUCAUCAUGUUCCAUGGAAAGGAAGAACUGGGUGGGAAAGUGAGACAUGUGAACAAUGAUGGCUCAGUUGUUGAAGAACAGUUAGAACCAGCCUUAGUGCCCAGGCUGAUGAGCUUUCUGAAACUGGAGGAAGGUAAGUUUGGGAUGGUGCUGCUGAGGAAAACUUUGCAGGUGGAGGAGAGGUACCCAUACCCAGUGCUGCUUGAGGCUAUGUAUGAGAUAAUAGACCAGUUGCCUAUGCGCAGGCUUGAGAAAGUCAGGCAGAAAGGUUUUGUGGAAAAGUGCAAGGCAACUGGAAUGCAGGGAAAAGUAGUGCAGUCUAUUGGGAGAGACCCCAAAUCCAAUGUGCACAAAGGCUCCCAAGAUAUUAAGAUGGCAGAAGGUGUAAAACAUCCCUCCCAGCCUAUUCAUAGUACUACCACACAAUCAACCACUAAAGUCACUAGAAGGAGAAUAACUAUACAUAUAGCUACUAUGAAACCUGCAACUACAACAGCUGCGUCCACAACCCAGCUUGCUACUACCAUUAGUUCUGCAAAAACAACAACUACUGCUUCCACUACAUUACCCACAACUCUGCCUUCAACUGUGGUCAGUCCCACUACUUUAUCAACUACAGUGGCACACAGACACAAAGCCCAGCUUGGCACCUUAGAACCUGUUGUUACACGCAAGCGUCAAAGGGGACACAAUGUAAUUAACCCAUCCAUUACCUCUGACCUAAUGAUCCAACACAGAGACAAACAUAGAAACCGGACAAAUAAGAUUUCACCUGGAACUCGCAGGCAAAAGCCCAUCAAGGACAAACCACCGAAGAGAAAAAAUGUAGGGAGGGAACAGAUCACCGAACACAUAGAAGAGCAAGAAGCAGGAAGUCCUACAGCAAGUGAACCAGCGGCGAACCUUCUGACGACCAAAAUGGUGAAGGUCCUCCCCAAGAAAGCUGAGAAGAAGAAAAAGCCAGAGAGAACGGAGAAGCCUGUGAAAAAGAACACCACAGAGAAAAAAGUGGCAGAAUCCUUCAAGGAUGCCAAGGUUACGCUUCACAACAGAAAAGUAGCACAAAAAGCAAGCAGCCUUGAGGAUAAAGAUGCUGUUGGCAAGCCUACUAAAAAGCCUGCUGAUACCAAAAGGGCACUAGAAACAUUUCUUGGUUAUUUUGAGAAGAGAAGACGGCUGCUUGUAAUUACUACUCCCAAUGAAAAUAACAAAAUGUACAGUCAGCAGAAGGGUGAGUAUCUGGAACAAGUGUGUGAUAUGGCUCUGCGCAAAAUCUCCAUCAUCACCAUUUUUGGCCCUGUAGCCAACGGGACCAUGAAGAUAGAUCAUUACCAGAUGGAGCAGGACAAGCCAGUGUACAGCUUGCCAGUCAGUGAGCUCAUCAACCAAGAGCUCAUCACAGCCUUCCGGAAAGAGCUUGGCAUGGUUUACAAUGACUUCUUCAUGGUGCUGACCGACUUUGACAUGAAAGUGAAGCAAGAGUAUGAGGUACCUAUUGUCUUGAAGGCAGUGUUUGAUUACAUCGACACAUUCUCAUCGCGCCUCAAAGAAAUGGAGCUUCAGAGGAAGCUUGGAAUUGCUUGCAAGAAAGAAGACAAGUCCAGAUCUCUAGAAAGUUUCCUCUCUAGGUUUCGCUGGAGACGAAGGCUCCUCGUCAUCUCCACCCCUAAUGAAGAGGAGUGGGCUUAUCAGCAGCAGCUCCAUGCCCUGACCAGUCAAGCCUGCAAUUUGGGGCUGCGUCAUAUGUCUGUUUUAAAGCUGUCUGGGAGGGUGAUGGAGGACAUGGGUGGAGUCUUGGAGCUCUAUCCAAUCAAUGGGAGUGCAACAAUAGAGCGUGAGGAUCUUUCUGCCUCCCUUGUGUAUGACAUCAGGAACUACUUCCAGGUCACUGCAGAUUACUUCUCGAUGCUGUUGGUAGGCAAAGAUGGCAACGUGAAGUCAUGGUACCCGUCACCCAUGUGGUCCAUGUCCAUCAUCUAUGAGCUGAUUGACUCCAUGCAGCUGCGCAGGCAAGAGUUGGCCAUCCAGCUGUCAUUCGGCAUGCACUGCCCCGAAGAAGAAUAUGGUCACCAUGAAGACUCUCAUCGUGGUUUCGGUUACUAAAACAAUGGUAAAAGAAUAAAAGACUUCCCUUUGA